AUGACUUUGAAGCAAUCUGCCCUGGCUGCUCUGGCCGCUGCCGUUGGAGCUCAGGCUCAACUGUUCACUGUCAACUGCUCUCCCCUGACUCAGUUCCGAGGUGAUCCCAUCGUCUCUCCUGGUAUACUGUCUUCUCAUGUCCAUGCCGUUGUUGGUGGCACCGCUUUCUCCUUCAACACGACCCCCGCUCAAGCACGAGCUGCCACUGCCACAACAUGUGACAAGGUCCUCGAUCAAAGCAACUACUGGCAGCCCCAAGUUUACCAUCAGCGAACUGAUGGCCAGUUUGAGCUAGUUACUUUCCAGGGUAGUGCUACCUACUACAUCCAACGUGCCUGUGACUAUGCUCCUGGCAGAACCAACUGCGAUUCAGCUCCUCCUCCUAUUGCCCCUCCUCAAGGCCUCAUCAUGUUGGUUGGAGAUCUAAACCGACGCACUUUCAAUGCCUCGAGCUUCGAAGACCAGGCCAUCUCGCACGUUUGCAUUGAUCCCAAUCCUGUGCCUGACUCCAAUACCUUCCCUUCCAAGCAAUGCCAGCGCAUGCGUUCUGAGACAUUCUUCCCGUCUUGCUGGGACGGCGUCAACUUGGACAGCAGCACUCACAAGUCUCAUGUUGCUUUCCCCGCCAUUGGUGCCUACAAUGGAGGUGUCUGCCCUCAAUCACACCCCAAGGCCAUUCUCUCGGUCUUCUACGAGUUCUUUUAUGACACUGGCUCAAUCCAGAAUUACAACCGCCUUGUCUAUGCCGACGGUGAUGCUACCGGUUACAGUCUUCACGCAGACUACCUCCAAGGCUGGACUGACCAAAACGCACUCAACAACGCCAUCGCCACCUGCACUGGUCCCAAUGGUGUCCUUGACAAGGGAUGCAGCUUGAAUGUCGGACCCAACGGCUCUCCUGGUUCUUCUUCGCCUCAGAAGCUCCAGACUCCUGCUCCUACAGAGAACAUUGGACUUAACGGCCCAAUUUCUGCCCUUCCCGGUAACAACCCUAUCCACUAAAUCUGUCAUGACACCGAAACCAUUGCAACUUCGAUUCAGCCGAAAAGGCAGCAAGGAAAGACAAUCGAUCGAAUCAAACAUAGCUCUGGCUAUCGGGCACUUUAUCGAAGUGAGCAGUGAGAAUAGGGUUUGCAGUUCGAAGGCAGAUGUUAUUGAAUGAACGAAUGAUGAUACGAGUCCACCACAACGGCUCUGUCUACGCCACUACCGCUAGCUGAUUUGGACAUCUGAUCAGGGAGAUUCCGACCAGGGAUUUAGUCGUGCACAUAGUUAGCAUUUACU